CCCAGGUCUUUUUCCUCAGAGCACCAUGGCUCUGUCCUGCACAUUGAAGUUACUGCCCCGGCACCUUCGCCCUUCGAGCGCUCUCCUGAGCAGCCUGCCUGGUGGGGACCACAGCCUGGUGAAGGAGAAGACGACAGCGGUAAAGCAGAGGGAGAAGAAAAAGGCCAGGGAGGACAUCAGCCUGCCAGGUUCCUCCUGGGAGGAGAGGCUAGCAAACGCGGUGACUCCGCUGUGGAGACUUCCCUACCAAGAGCAGCUGCAGGUGAAGCAUGAAAGCCAGAGGAAGGUUUUGCAGACACUGGCGUCUCGUCUUGAGGAGCUGGGCGUAGAUGGGCAGAAACCUGGUGGACUCUGCUGUCCUCUCCAGCCUGUAGUCCCUUCACCCGUCAUUAAUGGCUACCGAAACAAAUCUACGUUCUCUGUGAACCAAGGACCAGAUGGGAACCCCAAAACCGUGGGGUUGUAUGUGGGAACUGGCAGAGAAAGAAAUAUUGUCUGUGUGAGAGCCAACCACGUGGAGAACAUACCCUCAAAACACAAACAAGUAGCCCAGUGCUACGAGGAGUUCAUCCGUCGCUCCCCCCUGGACCCCUGCCUCCUCUUCCACGAAGGGGGACACUGGCGGGAGCUCGUGGUGCGUACCACCAGCCGUGGCCACACCAUGGCCAUCGUCACCUUCCACCCCCAGGAGCUGGGCCAGGAGGCACUGGCAGCUCAGAAAGCAUUGCUUAAGGAGUUCUUCACGUGUGGACCUGGAACAGUCUGUGACUUGACUUCACUUUAUUUCCAAGAGAGCACCAUGACACGCUGCUCCCACGAGCAGUCCCCCUUCCAGCUCCUUCACGGAGAACCACACAUCUUUGAAGAGCUGCUCGGCCUGAAGUUCCGCAUCUCUCCAGAUGCUUUUUUCCAAGUAAACACUGGUGGAGCAGAAGUUCUGUACCAGACGGUCGGGGAGCCGAGUCAGGCUGGUGGGGACACCGUCCUCCUCGACAUCUGCUGUGGAACGGGCACAAUUGGUCUGUCUCUGGCUCGCCAAGUGGCCAAAGUUAUUGGUGUUGAGGUGGUGGAGAAGGCGAUAGAGGAUGCCAGGUGGAAUGCAGCGUUCAACGGGAUUUCAAACUGUGAGUUUCACCGUGGAAAGGCAGAGACCGUGUUACCACAACUCCUGUCAUCAUGGGGGGAUGCCCGACCCCUUGUUGCUGUGGUGAACCCAUCUCGAGCUGGACUCCAUUACAGGGUUGUGCGAGCCAUCCGAAACUGCAAGUCCAUCCGAAGGCUGCUCUACAUCUCCUGCAAGCCAGAGGGCGAAGCCAUGAGGAACUUUCUUGAGCUGUGCUGCCCACCUGACCCAGGGAAGAAGCUGGCAGGAGAGCCGUUUGCCCCCACGUUGGCUAUACCUUUUGACAUGUUUCCUCACACUGGUCACUGUGAGCUGGUGCUGCUGUUGACCCGCUGACAAGGAGGCAGGUGCGCCAGGUAUACCUCCUGCUGUCCUCAGACUGGAGUCCAUGUAGUUAAAAUCCUAACUUAUUUUCUUGAAGUUGUAUAAAAAUAAAUAAUUUUGCUUUUGCUCUUA